AUGAAUAAUUACAUCGAACCAGGACAAUAUAUACUCACAAAUAAAGCAACAGGGACUGUCCUUGAUCUAAGUGGCAGUGAUAGUAAGAGUAUUAUUGGCUGGCAGCAUAAUGGUGGAUCUAACCAGAACUGGGAUAUUCUACCUGUUCAGGAUGAUACGUACAUGAUCGCCUCUGCUGCAGGGGGUAAAAGAAUUACUGCUCCUGAUGGGGGUGACAGGCCAAUCGCAGCGUUAGCCGACCCAAACGAUCCACGUUCAUUGUGGAGAGCUUUUACCAACGAUGGUUUCGGAUACAUCUUCCACAAUAUGGCUGAUCCGGGAAAAGUUCUGGAUCUUGCUGCUUCAAGCCCUGAUAAUGGCACGCCCAUUGUUCUUUGGGAGCCGAACGGUGGUGCCAACCAGGAAUGGAUCAUUAGGCGCAUUUGGUGA